AUGGUCAACACCACAAUCGACAGUAACCCUCUGGACCCCAACUACGUCGAGCGCCGCAGCUCCCUCGAUGCAAACGAUCAGUCGCAGAGAGCAAAAGCGGCUGGGAAAGGGAUGGAUAUUUUCGUGGACAGAAAUGUCGCGCCAUCCCCUCACACCAUGUGUUCAGAGCUGGCACAUCAGCAUGCCUUGGAGCAUUUGCAAGAGAAUACCGAGCACUGGUCUCAGAAGGAGAUGGCGGAGCACAGCAACCUGUUGUCUGACCCAACCGCCGACCGUGGAUUCCAAGCUCACCCCGAGGAGCUUGGAGAGUAA